UACCAUUGUGCCUAGGAGAUAAGCGGACGGGGAAGCUGUUGGCAAUAACGCAGCUUGAGUGCAGUGCACCCCUAUCUCCAAUGGCUCACGAGAGUGCUCCUCGGGGCUUCCCGGUUCAGCCUUAGAAUGUCUGCACACGCGGUCAUCAUUUUUUGUGCAACGAUCAGUGAAAUAUUCCUUUCUACCUCCAAUAGUUUAUCACCGCCACUGCAUUUAAAAGCGCGGAGACGUGGAGAGACGAGCAAAGUGCCAACCUUUCCGCCAGACAGAGCACCUCCGAAACACCUCUUCACCCGGUUCGAGAAACGGGAGUCACAAUGCGCAGACCAGGGCUGUCGUGGACCACCGCACUGUCGCUGCUACUGACGCUUCUCGGUGCGUCACUGGCUUUGCCGAGCGGUGCCCCCGAAAGCGCGUGCCACAGCAUGUUGCCACAUCACAGCGGACUUCGGAAGUUCAACGGCAGCGACUCGCCUUAUCGGCUGGUGCAAGAGAAGGCGGCCUUCCACCCUAACGAAUCCCUGGCCGUGACGCUGUACACGAAGAACUCCCUCUUCAAGGGCUUUCUGGUGAGAGCGAUCGACGAGCAGGGCAACGACGUCGGCCACUUCCAGCGUCGCACGGGCUACAAGAACGUUCGCGGUUGCACUGGCGUCACGCACAAGAGCAGAAACAACAAGAGGACCGUGAAGAUGAUCUGGCAAGCACCCCACCAUGUGUCGGGCCGAGUGACAUUCAAAGCGACCGUCGUGCAAGAGUACAGGCGUGUAUACGCGGAUCUGAAGAGCACGGUGAAAUGAGCAGCCUGCGGCCACCGAGACGACGAACACCCACUUCAUCAAGAUGGGGAAUAUGUAUUUAACAUAUAUGUAUAAUAACAAAUUUGUAUUCAGU